AUGCCUUCUCCUUCCUUCACAUCCAUCCCGAUAAUUGACCUCUCUCUGGCUUCUUCCUCCUCAGCUCCCACCGACAAACAAGCCCUCCUAAGCCAACUCCACUACGCCCUUACCAGUGUCGGUUUUCUUUACGUCACCAACCACAAUGUCCCUUCAAAGGCCAUUUCUGAUCUAGUAGAUGCCUUACCAUACCUCUUCUCGCCAUCGAUAUUGACAGACCAAACCAAAGACGAGAUCGCACUCCACAAUUCCCCUCAUUUCCUAGGGUAUAGCAGCGUCGGUGCCGAGAUUACGGCUGGGAAAGUCGAUCGUAGAGAACAGAUUGAAUAUGCGACGGAGUUAGAUGAAAAGUGGGCGGUGGGAAAUGGAUUGCCGUUGUAUGAGAGAUUGAAGGGGCCUAAUCAGUGGCCGUCGGAAUACCCAGAGCUAAGGCCGAUAGUGGAAAGAUACAUCUCUGAACUGACAGCUCUGGGUGAGAGAUUCCUCAGACUUGUCGCUGAAGCACUCUCACUUCCAUCAGACAUAUUUUAUCAGUUCUUAUCCGAGCAGCACCGUCUUAAACUAGUCCAUUACCCAGGCUCUUCCUCAUACACUCUAUUGACAGAAAAUGCAGAAAUAGAGCAAGGCGUCGGUCCUCACAAAGAUUCAUCAGGAUGGUGGACAUUCCUACUGCAAGCCUCGCCUCCACAGGUGAAAGGUUUGCAGGCGCUCAAUCAAGAGGGACAAUGGAUCGACGUCCCAAAUAUUCCGGGUACGUUUGUCGUUAAUAUAGGGCAAGCAUUUGAGGUCGUUACGAAUGGGGUAUGCAAGGCAACUGUCCAUCGGGUUGUACUUUCUUCGGGUCAAAAUGAUAGAUACAGUAUACCGUUUUUUCAAGGGGUUAGAGGCAGUUUGACCAAGGAGGAGGCUGUAGGGUCAUUGAGAGGGCAUUUUCAGAAGCUUCAACAGAAUCGAAAUGCGGAUGAUGAAGCGACAGCAAUCGACUCACCGUUUUUGAAGGGGAAGUAUGACACUUGGGGGGAAUCUCAGUUGAGGACUAAGAUUCGAUCUCAUCGAGAUGUUGGAAAGAAGUUUUAUGCAGAAGUUUAUGAAAAAUACAUCAAUGAUAACUGA